ACUUUGCGCCAUGGCAUCUAAUGUUACUGUCAGUAUGGAUGGAUCUCCUAUCAAAAAAACCAUAAUUAAAACCACUCCGUCCAUGUCUCUCAAGUCAAUUGUGGUGCAGUCUUGUGAAAAGCUCGGGCUUAAGAACCCCGACUUGUACAUGCUCAAAAAUAAACGAGAUACAUUAGAUUUAUCACUGUCUGUUCGCUUCGCUAACCUUGCUCCAGGAGCAAAACUUACAUUACACCAGCGCAGUUCGACUGAUCGAGCUUCUGGGUCUACGUUGGUUGAUGUUGCGUUACAGUUUGAAAACGGAUGUCGGAUGAUUGACAAGUUUGAGACAUCUACCCGACUUUGGGAUAUUCUGCUGCAUUUUGAAAAACGUCCAGAUGGCAUAGGAAACAUCACCAGGCAAACAAGCAUAACCAUUCCAGUUAAGCAGGGGGGAAAUUCACCUGGAAAUGCUAAAAUGCCUGAAACUCCAGUUUAUAUGUUGCCAAUCUGUGUGUUUAUGAACCAAGAAUACAAUACAAUUGCCAAACUUAAAACAACGAGUUUGAGUAAUGCUGGAUUAGAGAGUGGAAACGGAGUCAUUCGUGUAAUGUACCGACAUAUGCCUGAACCAAUCGAUGCGUAUAUGGCAGAGAUCGAGGCAAAAGUAACGCCUACAGUUGUGGAAGAGGUUGAGCCAACAAAGACCAUGUCUGCACCUAUUGCCAAGCCUGUUGAUGUUGCAUCUCAACCACUUGCUCCUGUGACUGAAUAUUCCAAAACUGCAGUAUGUUUACAAAAGCCUUUAUCUGAACCACCUUUGGCCUCUGCCACAAAUUCAAACCCGACCAUAGCUCAGCCAACUCUUGUUCAAUCCAAACAUACUUUUCAGCCGCCUCAAUCGCCACUUAUUUCAACAAACUCUAUCAAGGAAAGGCCCAUCAUUGAGCGAGAUGUUCAUAUUUACUUGCCAUAUCCUGGCAAUUUAGCACCUCUAAAAAUUGAAUUACCCAGCUCAUUUUUUAGCCUCACACCAGCUGAGGUGAAAGCCAUGAUCUCCAUUCAGCAGGCACGAAAUAGACAAAUUUCAGAGGCACCUCUGAUGACCAGAUCGAUGCGAGAACGUGAAGAGGAAAUUAAGCGUCAAAAGCAUCCAAAGACGAUGAUCCGUGUUCGAUUUUCUGACCAAACAACACUUCAAGCAACAUUUUGGUCAGGCGAUCUCAUCUCUAGUGUAUACGAUACGGUCCAGACUCAUCUAUGCGAGCCAGAGAGACCAUUUAAACUCUCCAUAACCCCUCCGCAGAGGGUUUUGGCUAGAAAUGAAACAUUUUGGCAAUCCCAUCUUGCGCCUGCAUCUAUUGUGUAUUUUUCAUGGGCAGAUGAUCGAGCACCGGUUCCAGGCCAAGUGGUGCUAAAUCAAGCGACACUUGCAUUGGCUAAGCCGUUUCCAAUUCCAAGUGCGUGCUUUGAACUGAAUGUGAGCGAUAACUCUAUGCAGGGUGCAAUUUUAGCCAGUGAAGAAAAUGACACGACUGUGGCAAGUCAAAGCAAUGAGCUGAUUGCUCAAGAAGCAGAAAGGGAGAGGGAGCGUGUUCGUAACGGCCUAUUUGGAGGAAACCGUGACAAUCCUGUCAAUAAGGAUGCGAAUGCAGAUGGAACUGAUUCACAGCUUCGGUCAUCUACAGGAAAAGUUCCAAAGUGGUUUCGGCGGAUGUAA